AUGUCCAACAUUGGAAUUUCCACACAGACUCUGCACGCGGACGACGCACUGAAUGUCGUCACCGAUGUCGCUCCGCCCAUGCACCUGGCCACCACCUUCCGCUAUCCCAAAGACCCUGCCGCCUUAGUUCCCGCGGCCGACUAUUGCUCCGGUACCUUAGGUACCUCCAAUCCCUCAUCCCACGUCUACUCCCGCGCCUCAGCUCCAAAUCCAACCCGCUUCGAAGCCAUCCUCUCCUCCAUCCUACACGGCGAAGCUAUCAGCUACUCCUCCGGCCUCUCUGCUCUCCACGCAGCCCUCACCCUGCUGAACCCGGGCCGCAUCUCCGUCGGAGAAGGCUACCAUGGCUGCCACGGCGUAAUCGCUCUCUUCACCCGCGUCAGUGGCCUCCAGAAACUCCCCCUCGACUGCGCGGCUGAGGAUCUCUCCUCAGGAGACGUUAUCCUCCUCGAGACUCCCGUCAAUCCCAAAGGCACAGCCUUCGACAUCGCUGCAUACGCCCAAAAAGCCCACUCGCGCGGCGCAUUCCUCAUCGUGGAUUCCACCUUCGCCCCGCCCUCCCUCCAAGACCCCUUCGUCCACGGCGCAGACCUCGUCAUGCACUCCGGUUCGAAGUAUUUCGGCGGCCACAGCGAUAUCCUCUGCGGCGUCCUCGCCACCCAGCGAAAGGACUGGUACAAGCAACUCUUCGCCGACCGUGUCUUCCUAGGCUCUGUAAUGGGCAACAUGGAAUCCUGGCUCGGCGUGCGAAGUCUCCGAACCCUUGAAGUCCGCGUCUCGCGCCAGAGUGAUAGCACCACGAAACUAGUGUUUUGGCUUAAUAACGCCCUGCACGCACCUUCCCCGGCACCAGGCUCGGACGAAGCUGCCGUGCAAGCUGUCUUGGCUGAAGUCUUCCACGCUAGUAUCCAGUCUGAUGGCGGUGACUGGUUGAAGAAUCAAAUGCCUAAUGGGUUUGGGCCGGUGUUCUCGAUUACGAUGGAAGAGGAGGUCCUUGCCCGGACCUUGCCGAGUAAAUUGCAUCUCUUCCAGCAUGCUACUAGUCUUGGUGGUGUUGAGUCGUUGAUUGAGUGGCGCACUAUGUCUGAUAUGACUGUUGAUCGGAGGUUGUUGAGGAUCAGUAUUGGGUUGGAGAAUUGGGAGGAUUUGAAGGCGGAUUUCGUGAAGGCGUUUAGGGAGCUGGCUUAA